GUGACGUCAUCGUUAGCGUUGCUAGUAGUCGAGAAGUUGUUGCAUGAAGAUAGCUAGCUGUCACAAUAAACAUUAACGGCGGAGAGCUAAAACAAAUUCAUUCAUUGCAACGUCUUCUGAUGCAUAAAUAAUGCAUGAAACGAUUUAAUUUCUCUAGUUUAGUAUCAUAACUUCAAGGGACGUGUCUUUAGGCCUCUACUCGUUGCUAACGCGUAGCUAGCUAGCUAGCUCCCACUGUUUCCACAGAAUGAAUUUCAACGCAACGGCCAGCUAAUUAGCUGGCUAGCUAAUUGAAAAAGAUUUAGCUGGCACUAUCCGACGAUACAGCAUCAAGAGUCCAGCUAUCAAUUACAUGCAGUUUCUUCGUUGGUUGAAUUUUACAGCACAGUGAAUGUAUUAGCUUGCUAACUAGCUAACGCUAGCCAAAUUGGUCACAACAAUGUCACAGGCGCACUGGACCAAAUUCGAAAAGGAGACCGAGGAAGAGGUGAAGAACCUGGUCAAACACAUCAGUGGGAUUCAAGAUGAAGAAGAGCAGAACUUUCAACUGGCACUGAAAUUUACCUGGUCCAAUUUCAGGUUUCACCGUUUCCUAGAUGCCAAUAGUCAUAAAGUUCAACGCAGUGUGAAUGGGAUCUAUGAGAAACUGAUGGUGCAUUCAGACCUGAGAAAAGCAGAGAGUUGGGUCAGACUGACAGAAGAGUUCCUCAACUCACCUCUACCCAACACAGAUGGAACUAAGACUGAUGUUCAUCACAGUCUCCUGGACCUUCUCCUACACCUCUCCGACUCUCCCCUUAACUCCAACUACAGCGAGACACCCAGACUGAAGGAGACUGAGAAAGAAGACGACUUUGACUGGUGUGGAUAUUUACAGGAAGGAGAGCUAGACACAGAUCCAUAUCCAGACACCCCAGAGUGGUCUGAGGAGGAGAGCGAGGACGAGGACAGUCAGCAGCCGCUCAGCAGAGAGGAUUCUGGGAUACAGGUGGACCGUACCCCCCAGGAGGACCAGGAGAAGACGGUCCCUGUUACCUGGACAGUGGGUGAGCCUGAUGCCAGGUCCUGGUUAGAGCAACAUGUGGUUACUCCGUACUGGCAGGGCCACACUCCCCGCUUCCCUCACAGUCUCCAUCUACACUCCAACCUGCUCAACGUCUGGGACCAACACGUGUACAACACUGACCCAUUGUAUCUGCCUGAAGAGAAAGCCUUUGUCACCGAGACACAAGUGAUCCGGGAGACACUGUGGCUGCUCUCUGGGGUGAAGAAACACUUUAUAUUCCAGCAUCAGGAUGGAAAAGUGGUGGUCAGGAAUGAUGUGGUGGUCACUCACCUGACUAACAACUGCCUACGGUCCGUGUUGGAGCACAUAGCAGUCUAUGGACAGGCAGUGUUCCGGCUGCAGAGGUUUAUAGACGAGGUAACAGGGUACGACACUGAGCCCUGCCCUCCAGGCUCCUACUCCUCUAAGCAGGGCACCGAGCCUCCCUUCAGGACUUACCAGGCUUUUGUCUGGGCUCUCUACAAAUACUUCACCUCCUUCAAACAGGAGCUCACCACCAUAGAAAGAGACCUCAUAGGCAAAGAUGAGACGGUGACACUGGCGGGGGUGCUGGACAGACUGACCCCUCACCUGGCCCAGAUCAAGGUGCUCCACAAGGUGUUCUGUACGGGUGUGGCAGAGGUCCCCCCUGAGACCCCUAACGUGGUGCGGGCCUCACACCUGCUCAACACACUGUACAAGGCUAUCAUAGAGUACGACAGCGUGGGAGAGGCAUCCCAACAGGCCGUGGCUCUGUUAUUCUCUCUGUGGACAGAGACAGUCAGACCAUACCUAGAGAUCGUGGAUGAAUGGAUCGUUCAUGGUCACCUGUUUGACCCCGCUAAAGAGUUCAUCAUUCAGAGGAACAAAGACGUACCAGUGAAUCACAGAGACUUUUGGUACGCCACCUACACCUUGUACAGUAUCUCCGAGACGGUGGAGAGUGAGGACAAGCUGAGUGAUGCGGCCAGCGGGAGCAGCGCAGGGGAGCAGGGAUCGAAGUCUCAGCUCACCAUGGUGUCCUUCCUCAAGCCGGUCCUCAAACAGAUCAUCAUGGCUGGGAAGAGUAUGCAGCUCCUCAAGAACCUGGACUGUAAAGAGGCUGAGCAGACAGAUGGCUCCACUAGAGAUGCAGAAAGGAAGAGCUUGUACACUCUUUUUCUGGAGUCUGUUCAGUCCCGCCUCCGUUGCCGGGACGACUCCCCCGUGGAUACGGUCACCGAGCAACAGGCCACUAAGCAGAGCCUGAUCAAGAUGCAGUCGAUUGUAGCUCAGCAUCUACAGAUGGAUGACAUACAUGACCCUCUACUGGCCAUCAACUUCGCCAGGCUGUACCUGGAGCAGAGUGACUUCCACGAGAGGUUCUCAGGCGGUGACGUGAUCGUGGACCGUUCGUCUGAGUCGGUGACGUGUCAGACAUUUGAGCUGACGCUGCGCUCCUGCCUCUACCCACACAUCCAGAAGAGAUACAUUGAGUGCUGUGGCAACCUCAUGACCACCCUGAAGAAGGACUACAGACUGCUGGAAUACCUUCAGGCCAUGAGGAACUACUUCCUCUUGGAGGCAGGAGACACCAUGUAUGACUUCUAUACAGCCAUCUUUGAUAAGGUCCUGGAGAAGGAGAGCUGGCAGCAACUGGCGUUCCUCAACGUUCAACUGCAGGAAGCUGUGGGACAGCGGUGUCCAGAGGACAGCAGCAGGUUGUCCAUCUUUCUGGAGACUAUAGACCCAGUCAGAAAGAAACAGCCAAUUAAUAAUCUGGAUGGUUUGACCCUCAGUUACAAGGUGCCCUGGCCUGUUGACAUUGUGGUCAGCUCAGAGUGUCAGAGGAUCUACAACCAGGUGUUCCUGCUGCUGCUGCAGAUCAAAUGGGCCAAAUACAGUCUGGACACGCUGGCAUUCAGUGAUUUGACAGUAGCAGCUAAGCGGUUGGAAGGGACACCAGAGGAGGUGAAGGCUAAAGAGCCAAUCAACCAGCAGAUCCACAGGAUGUUUCUGCUGAGGGUCAAACUGAUGCACUUCGUCAACAGCCUCCACAACUACAUUGUGACCAGGAUUCUUCACAGCACUGGUCUGGAGUUCCAGCACCAAGUCCAGGAGGCUAAAGACCUGGACCAGCUGAUUAAGAUCCACUACAGAUACCUGUCCACUAUCCACGACCGUUGUCUAUUGCGAGAGAAGGUGAGCUUUGUGAAGGAGGCGAUCAUGAAGGUUCUCAAUCUGGUCCUCAUCUUCUCAGACCGCUGGCAGGUUGGCUUUGGAGCGUGGAAGAUCGAAUCCAUUGAUAAGAUGGAAUCUGAUUUCAAGAACUGUCACAUGUUCCUGGUGACUAUACUGAAUAAAGCUGUCUGCCGCGGGUCAUUUCCACACUUGGAGUCCCUUGCCCUGUCUCUGAUGGCUGGCUUUGAACAGUGCUGAGAGAAGAACAUCUCUUUCUGCUCGCCCACCAGACCCUUCGCCCACCAGACCACCAGACCACCCAGACCACCCGACCACCAAACCACUGUCUGUGUCCCAAAUGGUAUCCCUUUCCCUUCAAAGUGCACUAGUUUUGGCCCUAUAGGGAAUAGAGUGGCAUUUGGGAUGCAUACACUUUAGUUGUGACUUGUUGUUCUGACUUCAUAGCGCACAAGACUGGUGAAUAAUGAUGUCACACUCUCUCCCCGUUGCCAGUGGAGAAACAGAGCGUGUGUGGAGGGGUCUAUCCCUUCUCCUAAAUCAUGGAUGCUCCUCCUCAAUACCCUCAAGACAAUCCAGAGUCUCAGAAGUAUUACAGAUGUGUGACUGCUUGUAAAUAUUGUUGAUUUUGAAGCUGUUUUAUGGUGUUGUCAUCCAUAUGUAGGUUUCCUGCACAAUCCUGCUGUUUAGUGUUUUACAACUACGGAUUUACAUUUGUUUGGGUUUUGAAUGAUUUUGCAUUUGUAUAUUUGUUAAUUGAACAACUGUCAAUCCAGAAUAUCAUCAUAAUGUUUAAAUCUCUCGUAUUUCCCUGGUGUUAGUUUAGUUCAUUGAAAUGUACGGAUAAUAAACGUUAACUAAAUAUUCAUUCAAA